AAUUAGUCAGUCAGUCAGUAAGUCAUUCUGUCUCGCGAGUAAUGUCGUCGCGACGCGGUGUACAUAACUAUUAUUAUCUUAAACUUGUUAACCGAGUAUAGGUUUUAUUAUUUUAAAAUAUAAAUUAUUUUACCAAGACAACUUACGGGUUUUGUGAAUAAAUAAAUCGAGUUAUUUAUUUUUUAAAGAGUAUUUAAUAAUUAUCUUCAAAUGCAAUUACUAAGUGCAUUUAAUUAUUUGUAUAAAGAUAGUAAAUUAAGGUGAAACGAAUGGUGAAAGUGACAAAUAGAUCAGCGUCUGGCUUUCACCGGUUUUUCGUCAAAGACAUUGAUAAUCAGAGCAGGAGAAAUGACAGUUAAUUAGUCAUUAAAUAUAUAAAUGUUGUUUUAAAAGUUUAUAAUAAUAAAUCUGUAUUUUUUAGUUUGAAUUUUAUUGAAAGAAUAACCAGCAUUAACUCCAUCAUGACUGUGAUUAUGGAUCAAACAAACACUAUGAUUUCCUGGCCAGCGAGAUUGAAAAUCGGCGCGAAAUCCAAAAAAGAUCCGCAUAUAAAGGUCAUUGGUCGUGAUGAAGAUAUUCAUACUGCCAAAGAAAAAAUAAUGCAGAUAUUGGAUACACGACAGGGACUGCGGAUUACGAUGAAGCUCGAUGUGAGUUAUACAGAUCAUUCUCAUAUAAUUGGAAAGGGCGGUCUAACGAUAAAGCGUGUAAUGGAAGAGACUGGCUGUCAUAUCCACUUUCCCGACAGCAAUCGUAGUAAUCACCAGGAGAAGAGCAAUCAAGUGUCAAUUGCAGGAGACAUGGAAGGAGUUGAGAAAGCUCGUGCGCGUAUCAGAAAUUUAACGCCAUUGAUAUUUUCCUUCGAGUUGCCAAUAAUGGGAUCGAUGCAAACCGUCCCCGAUUCAACGAGUCCUUGUAUUGUUAAAAUUCAAGAGCAGUACAAUGUACAAGUUAUGUUUCGCACUCGUCCGAAGCUGCACGCGACUCUUGUUGUUGUAAAAGGUUGCGAGUGGGAGGUCCAUCAAGUCAAAGAGGCCACGACCUCUCUAAUUAACUACAUGUGUAAAAAUUUAGCGAAUCAAAUUCCAGUGCAAAUGUCUAUGGAAAUUUCACCGCAACACCACAGUGUGGUAUUGGGAAAACAAAAUGGAAAUUUAAAAUUAAUAAUGCAGCGUACAUCGACUCAAAUAAUGUUCCCGGACGCUGGUGAUCCAAACAUACCGAGUUUAAAAAAAAGCAAUGUUAUAAUAACCGGUAGUAUCGAUAAUGUUUACUUGGCACGUCAGCAAUUAAUCGGAUCACUGCCUCUAGUCGUAAUGUUCGACUUUCCUGAAGACGCAACGCCGACUUUCGACACCGAGACGAUAUCGCAGUUGAUGCAAACUCUUGAUGUCUUUAUUAGCGUCCGUCACAAGCCCAAGCAAAGCGCUCUGUCGGUUAUUAUAAAAGGAGUUGAAAAAAAUGCAUCCCGUAUUUAUGAAGCCAGGAGACAGAUACUUAAUUUAAAAGAGCCAAGACUUCAUGCGACUAUUCCAGAUACUUAUCAUAUACCCAAUGCCACCAAUGUAUUCCUGGGAAACACUGCCGGUACAGUAUCAGCUAACAUGCGAGCGAGAUUGGAUAGUUCAGCAGGUAUGUCGUCAUUAAAUUCGCAGAGUACGUCACCCUACAGCGUAUCACCGUUAUCGUUAUCUCCAACGUCAAUGGGAUCGUUGAGCAUGUCAUCGCACUGGGGCGGAUCCGCUUCAUCGAUUUACUCGGGAAUGUUAAACUCCUCGUACGGAAUUAAUCACCCGAACGUCCAACUUCUGGCCGCUACACGUCAUGCGAUGCACAGCAAUCUCCUUAACCCGCCACAGCCGAACGUUCAUCGCCACGGACAAGGACUUCUCGGUGAUUAUUUUUCAUACAGCAGUGCUUCGAGUACUCUAUCAAGUCCAUCAGCCAGCCCGCGAAACGUAUCGCCUUCCCCGAUCGGAUUGUCCGAUACCUCGAGCAUGGACAUCUCUGGAGUGCUGUCUGAUUUCGGACUGAGUGACCUCCCGAGUGAUCGUGCAUCGAGUCGCCAGUACUCGGGUUACGAUUACGACCAGAAGAAAAUUAUGGCAUUUAAGGCAAUGCAAAAUCUUCCAAAGCCAAACGAGUAUCGAGUACCGACGUCUACGUGGUCGGGUUACGGUUUAAGUCAGACCAUGCCUCCCGCUACGGUAACAUCACUAGACUCAACGGUUCACUCUAAACCCAUCGAACCUUCUGAUCUCUGGGAUGAUCCCAAGACACCGUUAGCUUAUGCGCCGCCGAUGGACUUCAAAGUCGAUUCUGCUCAAGAUAAGGGUAUGCUGGGUAUGACUUCUUCUUACGUUGAUCACACGCCCGGAUCACGACUUGAGAAAGUUAUCGCGGGACAACACACCGACAUUGCCAGUAUGCUGACUAGUGUUGGGCUUGAAAAAUAUAUACGUCUUUUGAUGUCUCACGAAGUAGACAUGACGACGUUUCGCUCGUUGACUGAGAAAGAUUUGUAUGAGAUUGGAAUCACAGCUUGGGGUGCUAGACGUAAAAUUUUGCUUCUCAUUGCUGAGUUAAAUAAACGUUCUAUGCCAUUCUCUGGAAGCGUUGCACCCGGGGCUGAGCGAAAAUCUUCUUUGACAAGUACAUCAAGCACCGGAAUAUCCAGUACAACUACCGUCGAGGGCAAGUGGUAACGAGGACACGCUUGCUUCCUCUUUCUCUAAGUCAAACGAGAUAAUAAUCGAGGUAGUAAAUGUUGAGAAAAAUAUUUUUAAAAAAAAAAGAGGAUAAAAAAAUAAAAGCAACACGAGGGAGCGGCAUUUUUACCGCGGGAUAUAUAUUUAGUGAGAUUGUACGUUGCAUUCAAUAUUUUAAGAGCCCGGGGAAAAAGGCUAGAGUUUAUGUUUGUGUACCGGAACAAGUUGAUCACGUAUAUUACUAUUUUU